UAAUUUGAUCUUAGAAGCCAAUCUGAAGACGUCAGAGACCAGCGAGGAAGGCCACAAUCAACUCCCUGCUCCAUUUCACGUUUCCUCCCGUGAGCGUCAGCCCUUCCCCUUCCUCUGCAAAACUCAACUCAAGCUUCAAUUGCAGAAGAAAGAUUAGAUGGGUUUCUUCAAUCGGGUCUUCUUGAUUCUGGCCCUGCUGUCGGUUGAGUUGACACCCAGCUCCGCAGAUUCUUCGUCGAGCUCGAGGGAGAUUACCUCAAUCUUCCUCAACCAUGCGAAGAAAAAAGAGGUUUUUGAUUGGAUGGUGGGCAUUAGGAGAAAGAUACAUGAAAAUCCGGAACUGGGUUACGAGGAAUUUGAGACCAGUAAGCUUGUCAGAGCGGAGUUGGAUAAAAUGGGUAUUCCCUACAAAUACCCGAUUGCAGUCACCGGAGUUGUUGGCUUCGUCGGCUCCGGCGAACCCCCUUUCGUUGCGAUUAGGGCCGACAUGGAUGCUCUGUCUAUGCAGGAAAUGGUGGAAUGGGAGCACAAGAGUAAAAUUCCUGGGAAAAUGCACGCUUGUGGGCACGAUGGCCAUGUUGCCAUGCUUCUUGGUGCUGCAAAGAUUCUUCAAGAGCAUCGUGAACUCUUGCAGGGCACGGUUCUUCUUGUUUUCCAACCGGCAGAGGAAGGAGGUGGUGGCGCAAAGAAAAUGGUAGAAGCUGGAGUACUUGAGAAUGUUGAAGCUAUCUUUGGGCUGCAUGUCUAUCCCGACUUACCCACAGGCCAAGUUGCCUCCAGAUCUGGUCCUUUUUUGGCUGGGAGUGGCUUUUUUGAAGCGGUAAUAAAUGGAAAAGGAGGCCAUGCAGCCAUUCCUCAGCACUCAAUUGAUCCAAUUUUGGCAGCAUCAAAUGUAAUUGUCAGCUUGCAGCACCUUGUUUCAAGAGAAGCUGAUCCACUGGACUCUCAGGUGGUAACAGUUGCGAAAUUCAAAGGAGGUGGUGCAUUCAAUGUCAUUCCUGAUUCUGUCACUAUUGGGGGCACCUUCAGAGCCUUCUCAAAGGAAAGCUUUAUGCAACUCAAGCAGAGAAUUGAAGAGGUAAUAACCCGACAAGCCACAGUUCAAAGGUGCAAUGCAACUGUUGAUUUCCAUGCAGCAGGCAAAGAGCCUUUCACUCCCCCAACCAUAAAUGACAAAGGCUUGCACGGGCACUUCCAAAGUGUUGCAGCAAAUUUGUUUGGAUCUGACAAUGUCAAGGACAUGCAACCAGUGAUGGGGUCUGAGGAUUUUUCAUUUUACCAAGAGAUGAUACCUGGUUACUUCUUUUUCCUUGGUACGAAGGAUGAAACAAGUGGGAAGCCGGCAUCAGUGCAUUCUCCCUACUUCAAAAUCAACGAAGAUGCGCUUCCUUAUGGAGCCGCACUUGAUGCCUCAUUAGCUGCCGGGUAUCUUCUUGAACUCCAAACUAGGAGUACCCCGUCAAGUAGAAAACAUCACGACGAGCUGUGAGGUUCUUUCUCUCUGUUGUUGUUUUUUUUUCUUCUUUUGGAUAAUUAGGACUGUCAAUGGGCCAGGAUGGUUGUGCAGUUUCGGGCAUCCUAGGCUCUGCACUGAGAUUUAGCUUCUCUGUCAAUAAAUCAUAAUAGCUUGACCUAAGAAUUCUAAGUAAUUUUGUGUCAAGGAACUUGUUAUAUAUUUGUCAAUAACAUCAAAUGUUGCAGCCGGUA